AUGCGCGGAACGUCUAGUGUUGUGUACUGCGACUACAAUGGAUCUGGCAGAGCUCUUCAAUGGAUAGAAGAUUACUUGACAAGUAACGUACUGCCCACACACGCUACCAGAUGCACUGGACUUUCGUAUACGUCUGGGCAAAGUCAAAUAUACAGAUCAGAAUCUAAGUCAGUCAUCAGGUCAUCAGUGGGAGCGUGUCCAGAAGAUGUGGCGGUGGUCGGUGCGACGUUGGUUCGGUUCCUGCGAGCUUUACGGCCUCAGAAUACCAUCUUGUUUGUAUCGUCCAGGGAGACGGAGACACAAAUAUCACCCUGGAGGGAAUAUAACACUGAGGUCAUUAAGAUACCAGAAACAAAAGAAGGUUUCAUAGAUUUGAACAAUUUGGAGCAGAAACUCCAACAAAAUUCUGCAACAGGAAAGAGGAUGAUUGGAUUCUUUCCAGCGGCUUCGAAAUUAACAGGAGUCUUGACUGACGAUGUGGCUACCACCUUACUUCUGCACCAGUACGGAGCGUGGUCAUUCUGGGAUUAUACGUUGGUAGCCCCGUCAUGUGCAGUGGAUAUGAACCCUACUUUUCCAGGAGUUGAAGAGGAGAUGGUGAAGAAAGAUGCCUUGUUUUUCAACUGUGAAAAAUUCGUGGGUGGAGUGCAAGGACCAUGUGUCGUGAUUGUAAAGAAAAACGUCUUUGAAGAUACGCCGAUAUAUUCUGAAGAUGUUGAGGUCCUGAGUGAGAGGAUAGAAGAGUUGAAGUGUACGGAAGCUGUAAGAGCUGCUCUAGUGUUGCAGUUAAGAGAUGCUGUUGGACUUCAGGCCAUAGCAGACAGACAGGAUAAUAUCACCAGACAAGUUCUCUCCCACAUUAAGAAUAUUCCAGAAUUGAUACUUCUUGGACAUGUAUCUCCUACUGUCAGAAGACUUCCCAUCUUCUCUCUGAUGGUGAAACAUCCAAGAGGAACAUUCCUUCACCAUAAUUUUGUCAGUGCAGUCCUCAAUGAUGUUUUUGGCAUUCAAGCGCGAGGUGGACUUUCCAGUAAUCUGAAUUACGGAUCAGAUGUUCUAGGCAUUGACAACCAACUUCUAAAGGAAUACGAAAAAUUGCUAGAUGUUAAAGCACAAAAAGAAAUAGCUCGGGUUCGAAAACUCAGCGACUUGAAAUCACCGGAUGUUCCCAUCUAUAAUGAACAUUUGAGACCCGGAUUCUGCCGUAUUUCCCUUCCUUUCUUCAUGUCAGAUGCAGAACUUGCCUUCGUUCUUGAAGCACUAAAGAUGGUUGCUACAGAGGGAUGGAAAAUUCUACCACAGUAUUUGGUCAAUCCAGAGACUGGACAAUGGCGACACCAUAGCUGUUCGGUGAUCAGAGAUAGGAAGUCUCUUCAUUCUGUACGAUUCAACGAUGGAAAGAUGACAGCCCACGAAAGACGAAUCUCUGGUCCAGGUAUUUUCCCGCAAACGUAUACAGAGUGUCUGCAAACCGCCAGAAAUCUAUUUAAUAGAGCGAGAAAGCUGGCAAUGAAAUGCUCAACAGUGGAACCAGAAGUCAGUUUCAAUCCACGUAUAGACUAUCUGAGAUGGUUUAUGCUGCCAAAAGAAGCCCAUGACCUUCUGUUAGGUAGAUCAGCUAACGUCAAGCAUAUAGUGCCAUUUGAUCCUUCGGGUUUCACGGGAGCCAGAAAUAGCCUUAACAUUUCAAGAUCUUCUAACACAUCAUCGCCGAUUUUGGGAUCGUCUCCGAGGCAUUUUAGUUUAUCAGCAAUAGAUGACUGCCAAAUAAUUAGGUUAAAACAAAAGCAGAAGUUCUACUCGAGAGAAUCUAGCCUUCGCGAAGCGCAAAAAGAAGAUGCAGAGACGUCUCGUCCAGUACAAUUUGCAGUUGGUGAAUCUGUUUCGCCGUUACGACUGAUAUCACAGUCUAAACAACCUCUAUCCAGGUCUAGGUGCUACAGCUUGGGUUCCGACAUUCCAGCAGUAGCUCUUAGCGCCAAAACAAAGAUGAAUUUAGGCUUAAAGGAAACUAGCCCGAACAAUGUAAUAGAAAAAUCAAACUUUUGUAAUUGCGGAAGUCAAACGGACCUUCAAUCUUUAGAUGACCCAAUGAUCUCACCUGGUAAAUCAUACCAGUACAGAACCCACAGUAGCACAUCAGUAUCAGAUUGUAGCCAAGGUGGUCGAACUUCACCUACUACUUCGCUACACUCUCAUACUUCUGAGGAUCUACAUGCUUACGUUAAAGAGAUGACCAGAGAAAUAGCAACUGAAAUCAAAUCAGAAAAUUCGUGA